AUGACAAUCCUCCCCCCAGAACUCCUCCAAUCGAUCCUGCUCCUGCUCGACUUCGAAUCCUACCACUGCGCGUCGUUAGCAUGUCGAACGUGGCGAAGCGCAGCCCAGAACGCGCAUCUAUUGCGUCAUAAACUCCUAUCCGUUCCAGGGCUCGAAUUCACCAACCACACCACACAUGAGGAAUUAAAGCGUCUAUUCCAGCGCGUCUGUCGCCGCAAUCUCAUUGGGAUCCGGAAUGGUGUACAGUUUAACACGUCGCUCGAAUUGUCAAUAUCGCCAACGGGCAGGAUUGGGAGGAUCCCUGUGCGAUCGCGGCAUGGUGGACAGACCACUGCGCGUGUGCGUGGGAUGGCACUUAUCUUAGAUUCUCCUGGUUCGUCUGGUCUUGGUAUGUCCAUGUCCAAAGGCAGCCAGGUACAGCUGUCACCAUCGAUAUUCCCGUCCGCGGAUGCAAUGAAGCAAGUGAUGGGCCAUAAUACGCACAGCCGGGCCUUCUUCAGCGCGCGGUCAUUUGCGCGACUACAGGUUGCUCUGUCGGAUUGUGGGGGGCUGGUUGCGGUUGGAUUGGGGCAGAAAAUACACGUUUAUCUCAUUCAGUCUCGAAUAGGGAAGCAGGCACGGCAGUUUGUGGAAGUCAAUGUCAGUGAUAACAUCCUGGAUUCAAUCCAGAGUGUGGAAUUCGAAGAGAACGAUGAGUUGUUGCGCUGUGAGAUUGAUAGCGUCGAGGGGUCUUAUGUGCGGUAUCUUGGCUUCCGGAAGUGCAGCUGUACCAGUCCAAAAGUAUCUCUGAGUGCAGCGCAGAAAUUCAAGUUCUGGAAGGUUGCGCUGCGCCAUGUUUACCUGGAUUCGAGAGAUGUCGAGGAGAGUUUAGGAGAUGGGAUGUCUCUCCGGGGAAUGCGGCUGGUCAAGUCCCCCCGACUAAGACCGGGAGAGGAGUGUACGUGCCAGACUGAAAAGUAUUUCUUUGCGUUGUUUCGACCGGGGACGUGCGAGAAUAAGUACGCUGUUGGCCGAAUAUCAAGCGACGGGGUGGUCGAUGUUAUACAGCGCAUCCCAGCCCGGCGGAUACAGUUCCUCACCAGCUAUCUCGAAACGGGGAUUGCAGAGUCGGUAGAAGACUGUUCGGAUUCAGACCGCUGGGAUAUGGAGAAUCUCCCUCUCGCGCACUGUCACGAUCCCUUACUGAAUAUAUCCGAUGACGGGAAGAUUCUUGUCGUUUUCGAGCCUCCGUACGGACAGGCUCGCGGGGUGAUAUAUCUGUGCUCUGGGGAUUCCGCGUACUGGGAUGAUGAAACGGCUUCGCAGGCGUGGCCGGUUCCCUUAUGCUCCCUGGACCAUGAUCUGGAUUCUUUACGUGUUUCUUUGGAUAAGGAGACUGGGGGAUAUGUUGUCGAUGCUGGCUCUCAGCAGAAUAUGAUGCAGUGGAGGCUUCAGCGGGUUUAA